AUGAUCAACGUAUAUCCUAACAUUACAAACACUGCUCAGUCACCACCUGUCAUCGUACAGCCAUAUCCAGUGACUUCUUCACCGACUAUUAUAGUGCAAAAGGAAGAUCCUGACGUUCAACACGGAUGCCAUUUUGUACUCUGUCUCAUAUCAGGUGGUUUAUGGAUACCAUGUUGGAUAGGAGCUUGUUGUGGAUGCUGUUGCAGACGACCUUGUGCUGUUUAUGAAGCAAUCGAUCCUGGUGGUCAUCGUGUUGCUGUGAAAGUAAUUGAUUUAUAUGACGAUUCCACAUUUGCAACAUUGAGCGACGACUACCAGUUUGAAGACUACAUGAAUAAAAUCGAGAGUUUGUACCAUUUGACGGCUAGUAAAAAUGAAAAGCAUGUUAUUCAAGUAUAUGAAUUGGGUGUUGAUAGUCAAGAGGAAUAUGCAGGUUGUGUUUAUAUAAUCAUGGAGUUGGGCCAAGAAAGUUUGGAUCGAUUAAUCGAAGAUUUACAUCAACAAUAUGUAAAAAUACAAGGUGUUAAUCGCUCCAAUGAAUAUAUUCCUCCACAUUAUCGACGAUUGAUAUGGAAGCAAUUGGUACAAAUUGUUUCGGUUUUGCAACGUUAUAAUAUAGCACAUAUGGAUUUGAAACCACAAAAUAUUGUGCGUGUUGAUAAUAUUUUGAAAGUUUGCAAUUUUGGUUUAUCAAAGUAUGAAUUUGACAAUGAAUAUGAUGAAACGCCAAAUUUUAGUGCACCAGAAGUUUUGAUAUUACAAGGACCACAAUAUCAACCACAAGCUGAUAUAUGGUCCAUUGGCGCUAUGUUGUAUUACAUGACAUAUGGUAAACAACCAAAUUGGAAUCCAGAAAAUCGUGCGUGGGAACCACCCUACGGACAUGCUCCUGUACAAGAUCCAUUAGUACGAGAUUUACUAAGGAAGACAUUGCAAUACUACCCGGAAGAUCGUCCGGCUUUAGAAGUAUUAAAACACCAUCCAUACACGGCAAGGCCUUAG